CCCGUUGUCCCUCGCGGCGGUCACAUGAACGGGGCGGGCGGAAGAUGGCGGAGCCGCCCGGCGCCGCGGCCGAGGACUCGUGGGGGAAGGUGGACGCAGCGUACGGCGACAAUGGCCUGGACUCGGCGCUCUUCAUGGAGAACGCCCGGAAAAGCAGCAUCGUGUCCCGGGCCAACAGCAUCGGCUCCACCAGCGCCUCCUCCGUCCCCAACACAGACGAUGAGGACAGCGAUUACCACCAGGAGUCCUACAAGGAGUCGUACAAGGACCGGCGCAGGCGGGCGCACACGCAGGCAGAACAGAAGAGGCGAGAUGCCAUCAAGAAAGGCUACGAUGACCUGCAGGCCAUCGUUCCCACCUGCGAGCAGCAGGAUUUCUCCAUAGGCUCCCAGAAGCUGAGCAAGGCCAUUGUUCUCCAGAAAACCAUUGACUACAUCCAGUUCCUGCACAAGGAAAAGAAGAAGCAAGAGGAGGAAGUUUCUACCCUCAGGAAAGACGUGAUGGCCUUGAAGAUCAUGAAAGCGAACUACGAGCAGAUUGUGAAAGCUCAUCAGGACAACCCGAACGAGGGGAAGAACCAGGUCUCCGACGAGGUGAAGUUCAAUGUGUUCCAAGGCAUUAUGGAUUCCCUGUUCCAGUCCUUUAACGCCUCCAUCUCGGUGACAAGUUUCCAGGAGCUCUCGGCAUGUGUCUUCAGCUGGAUUGAGGAGCACUGCAAGCCCCAGAUGCUGCAGGACAUCGUGAUCGGGGUCCUGCACCAGCUCAAGAGUCAGCUCUAUUGACCUCCUGCAGCGCCCUGGCCCCGGAGCUGCCACCUCCCGCCCAGGGGCCGCGGUGAUGGGCGCCAGCAGGAGCUGGGCCAGCCCCUCCGGCUGCUUUUAAAGCUUCUCUGGAUUAUUUAUUGUAUUAACUACAAACCCAACCCGAGCACAGUUGAGAUCACCAAAUAGUUGUAGGGACUUAGCAAAAGGGGGGUAAGUUAAGUGUGGAUGGAGCCGAGGUGCCCCCCCUGUAUCUGCCCCCAGGUUCCCAGCUCAGGCAGUUGUGGGGUUUGCCUGGGCCACCAGUGCAGCAGCUCUGGCCCCUCAGGCCUCUGCCACAACCCCUCUGCUCCCAGGGACGGGGAAAUGAGACAAGAACAUGUGAAAAGCUGUUGGUUUCUGUUAAAGAGGCUUCUCCCCUUCUCGGGGCUUUCUCGUGCCCCCUCUGAAGCAGCCGCUAUGGGGCAGGGGUUGUAUGUUGUGGAGUUGCAUCUGGCUUCUUUCUGGCUUCGCGUUUUGAUGUGGCCACACUCAGCAGGAAAGCAGGUGAGUAGCUGGAGGCAGUCGCUCACUGCUGCUCCUUCCAUCCCCACACCACAACCAGCCUGCGUUUGGUUUGAUGAAUCCGUGCAAACACCCUGAAGCGUUCCCAGCGUCACUUUGCAGCCACACUCUGACACUCUCGAACCUGCCCCACGCUGCUGCUGUCAGGGGGGUCGUGGCUCUGGCCACACAAAGGCCUCGUGUGGAGGAGCUGCUGGUGGUUGGUCACCCCCUGGGGGCUCCUCCGGUGGGGUCUGUGCUCUGUGACCAUGUUUUGCUCCCACUCCAGGCUGGUGGGUGUUGAUUUCACGCUGGGUGUCCAUGGGGUGAUGCUCGGCUCCAUGGUUUCAAUGCAUGGGAAUGUUUCAGUUACAGCUUCUACCCCAGGCAGUGGUGGAGAAUGGGGGUCGGGGGGUGAUUUUGAUACAGAAUCACUCUUCAACCCCUGCCUUUGGGGCAGUGCACCCCAAGGGCAGCCCCCAGGUCAAGCCCUGCAGUGCUGCUCAUCACCCCGAGCACAGGGGCAGCCCCCGCUGCUGGGUGUGGAAGCAAACUCGGGGUGCACAGGUUGGGGCUCGGGGGCUGGACAUGGGGCAUGGACAGAACCCCUGGAUUUGCUCCUGCUGCAGGAGGAGGACGUGGAGUUUCACAGACCUCACCUGUGAAAUCACCUAUUUUUUCUAUUGUGAAAAGUAAUUAAGUAAAUUUUGCUGAAUGUUUUAAUGA